AUGAGCCGUCUCAUCGCUGACGGCAACUCUCUUCCAAAAGACCUGCUCAAUCCACUAGCGGAACCUCAUGCCGCGGCCGAUCCACGCGACCUCGCUGUCUCCGAACAGUUUUCCCGCAAGUUUGCCAGGGAGCUGUCAAACAAGCAGGAUCCUCAGAGCGCAGACGGCAGCCCGGUCGCGCUCGAGAUCUGCGUGGACUCUCUCGAAGUUCUAGAUAUCGCUCGACUAGGGAAGAAUAGGUUCGAGGUGUGCUCCAACCUCAUACACGGUGGAGGCCUGACCCCGAGCAUCGGUCUAAUCAGAGCGAUAAGAAGCCGCUACCCAGAGGCAAGGCUCAUGGCAAUGAUCCGACCCCGAAUAGGUCCCUUUGUGUACUCCGAAACUGAGCUGUGCGUCAUGGAGCAGGACAUCCUCGCAUUCAAGUCUGAAGGUGUGAAUGGCGUCGUCUUUGGAUGCCUGACUGAGGAAGGCGAAGUGGACAUGAAAGCGUGUAGUCGAUUGGCCAAGGCCGCCCAUCCCCUCGACAUCACCUUCCACCGUGCUAUUGACGUUUCAUGCGAUCUCGCAAGGAGCUUCUGGAACAUAGCGACAAUAGACGGCGUGACGCGGAUUCUAUCUAGCGGACAAGCAAGAACUGCCCCCGAGGGCAUUCCGGGGUUGUCCAUCCUCUCGAAGCUUUGCGCCAUGCACAGGCUGCAUUCGGGCCGGUCAAUAUCCGUUCUCCCAGGCUCAGGGCUCAAUGCCGACAACGUGGGCGGUAUGCUAGACAAAAUAGCUUCAGUGAGGGAGGUACAUAUGACGGGCAGCUCGACCGUCGUACUAUCCACUGCGGCGUCUCCGGCGGGUCAGCGUAGGAAGGAGCUCGGAUUUGGAGCGGAUGAGGCCUGGACGAUGGACAGGGAAAAGGUCGCGGCGGUAUGGGCAGCGAUGAAGGUCAGGUAUGGACUAUGA